AUGCCAAUGCAAGUGGACUCUCUUUUUAACGGUGUUUCUGUGGUGGUGCUGUACGCCCCCACGAAUGCACUCUUUGCGCAGACGGCGGCCUUCUACAAGGACGUGCUAGGGUUCGAAGUCUCGGACGAGACUAGCACCAGCUGCGUCCUGAACACGCCUGCCAAUUCCGAGGACAAGGGCACCAUUGAGCUGCGACUCGAUCCGGCAAAGUCCGUGGACGAGCAGACCGUUGCGGCGAAUAUCCGCAACCUGCUGACCCAUGAACAGAAAGUCGACUGGAGAACGCUUCAGAGCUGUGUUUGCUUCACCACGCACAGAAUUGGGUCUCUAAUUGAGACUUUAGAGAAGAACAAGGUGGCCUAUCAGGCCCGGCCGGGCAGAUUGGACCCGUAUGAGGUGUACGUGGUGGACCCGUUGGGCUCUGUGGUGGGCGUCACUGAUAUAGGCAACACCAUCGGAACCAGCGAUCACUCGCGGUACAAAGAAUCUGCAAACCGCAUCACGCUGCUGGAUUCUGCCAGCGUGGCCAACAAGGUCGCCUCCAGCACGAAGAACAUUGCUGUGAUGACGUCCGGCGGAGACGCGCCAGGUAUGAACGCCAACGUGCGGGCCAUUAUCCGUGCUGCCAUCUACAAAGGGUGCAAGGCGUUUGCUGUGUACGAGGGCUAUUCGGGGCUGGUGAAGGGCGGGCCGCAGUAUAUUCGCGAGAUGCACUGGAAUGACGUGCGUGGCUGGCUCGCGGAGGGCGGCACAAACAUCGGAACGGCCAGAUGCAUGGAGUUCAAGGAGAGAUGGGGCCGGUUGGCAGCGUGCAAAAAUAUGAUUGAGGCCGGGAUCGACGCGCUUGUGGUGUGCGGCGGUGACGGGUCCUUGACGGGUGCAGAUCUGUUCCGUGCAGAAUGGCCGUCGCUGAUCGCGGAGCUGCACGAAAAGGGCGAGAUCACGAGCCAGCAGUACGAGAACCACAAACAUCUCAACAUCUGCGGGACGGUCGGGUCGAUCGACAACGACAUGUCGUCGACCGACGCGACGAUCGGUUGCUACUCGUCGUUGGCGCGGAUCUGCGAGGCCAUCGACUACAUCGACGCUACGGCCAAUUCGCACCAGAGAGCGUUUGUGAUCGAGGUGAUGGGCCGGCACUGUGGCUGGCUGGCUCUGAUGGCAGGCAUUGCGACCAGCGCAGACUACAUUUUCAUUCCAGAGAAGCCGUCGUCGCGCAAGGACUGGUCGGACCACAUGUGUCAGAUUGUGGCUGCGCACCGCGCGCGUGGCAAGCGGAAGACGAUUGUGGUGGUUGCCGAGGGCGCGAUCGCGUCGGACCUGACCCCGAUCACGUGCGAGGACGUGAGAGACGUGCUGGUGGAGAGACUGAAGCUCGACACGCGCAUCACGACGCUGGGUCACGUGCAGCGCGGCGGCAACGCUGUGGCAUACGACCGGCUGUUGGCGACGAUGCAGGGAGUCGCGGCGGUGGACGCUGUUCUGGAAGGCACGCCCGAGACGCCGUCGCCGAUGAUUGCUGUGGUGGAGAACAAGAUUGUGCGGAAGCCGCUGGUCGAGGCCGUCAAGCUGACCAAGUCGGUGGCCGAGGCGAUCAACGCGAAGGAUUUUGCCAAGGCGAUCUCAUUGCGUGACUCGGAGUUUGUGGAGCAUCUGAACAACUUCAUGGCGAUGAACACUGCCGAUUUCCGGGAGCCGUCGCUGCCCGUGGAGCAGCGCAAGAAAAUUGCAAUCAUCAACGUGGGUGCGCCGGCCGGUGGCAUGAACUCGGCCGUGUACUCGUUUGCGACGUAUUGCAUGUCGCGCGGCCACACGCCAUGCGCGAUCAACAACGGAUUUACAGGGCUUGCCCGGCAUGACGCUGUGCACACGCUGGACUGGCUGCAGAUCGAGGGAUGGGCCUCGCUUGGCGGGUCAGAGAUCGGCACCAACAGAAAGACACCCGAGCAGGCAGACCUGGGAAUGGUUGCGUACGAGUUCGACAAGCACAAGUUUGACGGGCUGGUGCUUGUAGGCGGGUUUGAGGCGUUUGUGUCGCUUAACCAGCUCGAGAAAGCGCGGCAGUGGUUCCCUGCGUUCCGGAUCCCGAUGGUUUUAAUUCCAGCCACCAUUUCGAACAACGUUCCUGGUACAGAAUAUUCUCUUGGUUCCGACACGUGUCUGAACUCGCUGGUGGACUACUGCGACGCUAUCAAGCAAUCUGCUGCUGCCACCAGAAACAGAUGCUUUGUCGUGGAGUGCCAGGGAGGCAACUCGGGCUACAUUGCCUCCUUUGCACAGCUCUGUUGCGGAGCUACCGCGUCGUACGUGCCGGAAGAAGGCAUGACGCUGAGCCAGCUGGCGCAGGAUAUCGAGACGCUGAAAGUGUCGUUUGCCAACGACCAAGGAAAGGCCAAGUCGGGCCGGUUGCUGCUGAAGAGCGAGAAGGCGUCGGACGUGCUCACGACGCAGACGAUCGCCGACAUCAUCAACGCGGAGGCGAACCAGCGGUUCGAUGCCAAGACGGCCAUUCCGGGCCACGCGCAGCAGGGCGGCAUUCCUUCUGCGAUCGACAGAACAAGAGCUGCGCGGUUUGCAAUCCAGGCGGUGCAGUUUGUGGAGAAGAUGUACGACACCAUUGCCGCGGCGGAGAACGAGUUCGGCGAGUUUGUGAACUCGCCGGCGGCAGCCCAGACGGCGUGCGUGCUGGGAGUUGAGCGGUCGCACCUCAAGUUCACCUCUAUUAGACAAUUAUACGACUACGAAACCGAGGAAGGCCGCAGAGUCCGCAAGAACAUUUUCUGGCAGGACAUCCGCGACAUCAGCGACUUGCUGGUGGGCCGUGUUCGGGUGAAUUGAUACGAUCAUGAUAGUUUGUCGAGUAGCUGUAGUGCGGAAAAAAGCGGGUCUGGCCGCUUUGGCCGUGCAAAGUGCACAGUCAUGUCGACCUCGUCCACGGCUGCGUCUAGCUUGCGCUCAGAAACGAGUCCGAGCACCGAGUCCAGCAUUUCGGAGUCGGGUAUUUGCAGGCCCAGGAUCCGGACAAGCGUGGCUAUUUUGAUUGUCCUGAACGUUUUCGAGGACGCUAUUAUGUUGUACUGGAUGAGCAGCCGGACCGCGUCGUCCACACGGGUCGAAGGCACGAUCUGGGACACUAUAUGGCGGUCUAUGGGGAAGACCUGUUCGUUUUUCAUGUUGGCGAGAAGAGUGCGUACGGUUUUGUCGACAGCAAACGGCUGGUUGUCCAACUGGCCCACAAGUUGUCGCAGGGCGUCCAGCUUUGCGUAGCCGUACGGAAUUAGCAGCAAAGCUUGCACCGCGAGCCGGAAGUUGCCCUCAAAGUCUGGCUUUGGGCCAGCAAAGAAGUCCACCUGGGAGCUCGAAUAUGUGUCCAAUAAAUAUGGCAAUGCGGCAGCGUAUUUGUUCAGUCCAGCGAGAUACGCUCCGUAGAGGUAUUUGAAGUUGCAAACGAUUAGCGCGGCAGGAAACUGAUGUUUUUCUUGUUCUGUGAGCUGUUCCAGAAGUUCCAAAGCGGCCUCAUAGACACUGUCGUCGGCCUGGCCGCACAAAAGCCUCAGAUAGUGGUAUUCGAGCGCUAGAGGACGGUUCUCCGUGAAAAGAGCUGGCUGCAGCGAGUCCAGCAGAUCAUGGUCUGCGACGACUGCCAUGUGCAGACGAAUGGCACUAUUCACGAGUGGGGAGUCAAAGUGGCCGUCUGGAGCACGUCCAUGGCAAAAUAUAAACCGUGCCACCUGCUCGAGUUCUUGUUUGUUUGCGUGUGGGAGAGGAUGAGACAUGGCAAAUAAAUAAUUAAAUAAUUCUGGCGAUCUUUUCACCGCCCGAAUCUCGUCGCACAUCGUUUAGCUCGCCAAAAAAGAUUAAAAAAAUAAAACCAUGAAGCUCGUCCAUCUUGCACUCAUUCCGAUCGUUUCGUAUAUUGUCCUCAACCAGCUCUUCAGCACGUGGCUUCCAAGAAAUUACAUUUUCGACAAGACCGAGUUACAGCAGAUCUGCGUCGACGCCGUCAAAGCGCACCCAAACAACGCGACGGCCAUCAUGUACGCGGUGCAGGAGAAGAUGUCCCAGGUGUACGGCGACCAGAUGAUCAACAAGCUCAAUUUCGACGACUGGGUGUUCAACAACGCCGGCGGAGCCAUGGGCCAGAUGUUUAUUCUGCACGCAUCCAUCUCGGAGUACGUGAUUUUCUUCGGCACUGCUAUCGGAACUGAGGGCCACUCGGGUAUCCAUUUUGCGGACGAUUACUUUACGAUUCUGACUGGGGAGCAGCACGCUGCUUUCCCAACCCAGUUGGAGAGGUCUGUGUAUUUGCCGGGAGACCAGCACCAUAUGGCCAAGGGCGAGUUCAAGCAGUAUGCUAUGCCACCAGGUUCUUUUGCGCUGGAGCUGGCGCAGGGCUGGAUUCCAGCCAUGCUUCCAUUUGGGUUCCUUGAUACGUUCAGCUCGACUUUGGACUUUGUGACUCUGUCCAGAACCAUCUACUUCACCGGUAGAGACAUGCUGAAGAACCUGUUUCACGGCAAAUUCUAGGUAGAUAGCUUAUUAAGAAUCUGAAAUGGGAUAAGUUGGCUGCCACUACUGUAACAUGUCCACUCCCAUGCCCAUGUGCCCUGUGUGUAAAAAGCCGCAUGUGCUUAUGCAGGAACAAGGCGGUGAAUUUCGGGCAUCGGCCGGAGAAACGGCACAGGGGCUGCGACUUGGAACGUUUGAUGCCGGUGCCGCGAUGGUCUAACGCAGUGAGGGGCUGGUUCUGGAUACGAAGUCCAUUGCUGCUGUGUGCUUUUUAGUUGUCAUGUACAGUUUUG